AUGAAGAGAAGUUCUCCACAAGUGGUUGGUGAAGUUAGAAACACUCAACACUUGGAAACAAAGCUCUUGGAUUUGACUAAUGUGCUAAGUCAAAUGGUGGUGGGAAGUGGUCAACAAUUGAUGGUAUGCAACAUUUGUGCAAUGACGAGGCAUUAUACGGAUAAGUGUCCCUUACUUAGUAACGAACCAGAAGAUGUGAAUGCAAUGGGAGGAUAUCAAAGUCAACCAAGACCCAUGAGAUUUCAAAACAAUUUCAACCCAAAUUGGAGGAAUAACCCAAACAACCCAUACCCACCAAAGCAAAAUCCACCAAACAUUUUGAUGAGACCUCAACAUCCACAAUACCCCUCUCAAAAACCUCCAUGUCAACAAACUUCUUAUAACCCUCCAAAUUACCAACAACCUCCACAACAAGGCCAAUCAAGUGCCAAAGCCAAAGCCAAAGCCAAUUUCAACAAGAGACCAAUAACACUUUCUCCAACAUUCAAGCAAAAAUUGGAGACUUGGCCACCGCUCUCAACAAGAUGGAACAAAGGGGAAAACUUCCAUCUCAAACCGAGAAGAACCCCAAUAGAAGAAGAAGAUGAAGUCGUUGUUGUUAAGCCUACAAAGGUUGUAGUUCCUCCAAAGGAACCGGUUGUUCCAAACAUUGGUCAACCCGAAUCUUCCAACAAGACCAUAAAGCCAUUGGUCAUACCACCACCUUUCCCUUCCCGGUUAGCCUUUUCCAAGAAGAUAGAGGAAGAAAAUAAAUUAUUUGAAACUUUUCGCAAGGUCCAAAUCAACAUUCCACUAUUGAAUGAUAUUAAGAAAAUUCCAAGUUAUGCAAAAUUCCUAAAGGAUUUAUGCACCAAGAAAAGAAAAUUCAAGGCAAAUGAAAAGAUUCAAGUCAAUGCAAGUGUGUAUGCGGUUAUCCAAAAGAAGUUACCUCCCAAAUGCAAGGAUCCGAGAAUAUUUUCUAUCCCUUUUACCAUUGGUGAUUUGCAUGUCGAAAGUGCCAUGUUAGAUCUUGGAGCCUCGAUCAAUGUGAUGCCAUAUUCAGUUUUUCAAUCUCUCAAUGUUGGACCAUUGGAAGAAACCGGAGUAAUCAUUCAAUUAGCAGACAAGUCAAGGGUGUCUCCAAGAGGAGUUUUGGAGGAUGUGUUAGUACAAGUUAAUCAACUUGUUUUUCCGGUGGAUUUUUAUGUCAUUGAUCUUGAAGAGAAGACUCCUUCCAAAUCAUCUAUGCCUUGGAAGACCUUUCAUGCAUAUCGCUCACACAAUCAUUGA